UUGCAUCCAACACAUGCAUCCAAAUCAUUUAUGUAAAUCGGAUAAUCAAAAAAGUUAAUUAUGGAUUGGUGCAGUCGAUUUCCAUAUCUUGUACCAGUUUGGCAUUCAUUAAGCAGUCAAAAUCUUAAUCUUACUGAAAAUCAAAUCGAUCCGAAUCUCUGCAUUGAAUUUGGUGGAAUCGGUACUUACGAUGAUAUGUAUUUAAAACAAUACAAACAACUUCCAUAUCGAAUUGACCGCCCGACAUUGCCAUUUUUUAUUGAUUCGGAUAAUCAUAGCUAUUCAAAACUUUCUGCUUAUAAUUGUUUAGCGUUUUGUUCCAAAUUAAAUACCUUGUUCUCAUCCAAACACGGUAAAAUUAAUGUACUCACACUUAAAAAAACUGUCAAUGAAAGCAAUGACGGUCAUCGAUUUACGGUCGAACGAUCCUCUUCCGUCAGUCCCUUCGUCUAUGAUAUUGAUAAUAUUUGGGCUGAACAAGUAACGAACGAUAAUAUCUUAAAUUUGCGGCUUUAUGAGAAUGGCGACCAGAUCGAGCUUUUAACUCAUUCUCGACAAUCACUUGCUUUAUUCAAUUACAGAUCCGCUUAUGAAAUCGAAGAAAGAUUAAGCCUUAUUACAAAUCGAUUCAAAUCAUCUCGUUUUUUCCCGUCAUCUGAUUCGCUUUUAAACGUCUUAGAUCGAAGCUCAGACUUUCAUCAAGAAAUUUUAACCACUUUCAUCGAUAAUCCAAUAAUCUAUCGUAGUGAUAUUGAAAAGCAAACAAUGUUCGAAGAGAAUAUGAUAAAUGUUGAAAUUAAUCAACCACGGAAUCAUUUCAUUCAUCUGGAAUAUAUGAAAAAUUUCAACCCGUUUCUCUAUUUAUAUGGCACACAUCAGAAUAUAUGGUUGGGCGAUACUCGAAUCAAAAUAUCGGGUGAAAAAAAACAAUCGAAACCAAUAAUUAACUCAAAAGAUUUCCCAUUUUUCAAACCAUUUGAGUUGUUUCAUACGUUUCGUGUUAACCCUGUCGACCCUCAUCAAUUUAUCACGACAUCAGAUUUCAACAUCAAUUUUUUCGACCUUAGAUAUCCAAAAAAGAAUCUAUUUCAAAUCAAGCACAUGAUUUCGGAUAAAUUAGUCAAUCGAUUGUUGGCAACUAAAUUGCCAUCAAAUCAAUCAAAUGAUACAUUAAUGUUGAUGGCUUCGAAUCAUAUCAAAACAUGCCUUUUAACAUUCAAUUCCGAUAAUAUUCAACCGAAAAUGUUACAUGUUCCGUUUUAUUUGGAUAAUCCAAAUUCAAUUAAUAAACUGUAUCCAUUCAUAUCUGAAUAUCAAAGUUUUAUUCGUGGUAUGGAAAUUUUACCAGAGUCAUCCACAGAAAACUCCGGUCGCUUAUCAAUCGCAUUUCUAAUGAAUAAUGGAGACAUAUUUUUUCAAGAUUUUUGGCCAAAAUCUUCCGAUGAUAUUGAUUCAGACUUGACCGAAGAUUUCAUGUAUGAAAACACUAUUGAUAACAAAACCUACCUGAAUACGGAAUUAGACUCGAUUACAAAAGAAUACAUGAACGAAGUCUUAGAAUAUUUGAAUGACAAAGAAUUAAAAAUCCCUAAAAUCCUAAAUAAUUCCAACCUGGAAGAAAAUUGCCAGGAAUGUAUGUCUAAAUUGCCAUGUACAGUGGAUAGGGGAAAUUUUUGUCAAUGUCUUCGUUCGGAAGCUAAACCAGAUGAACUAGAACUAUUCGCUUCAACUACAGAAAGCUUCAAUGAAAUUCUCUCCACUGAAAACUCGACUGUAGCACUCGAUGGUAAACUUUGUUAUCGUGAUAGUGAUCAAAUUGAUUUCGAAUCUAUCAAACAAAAUUGGUUUCAUUUGCAAAGCGAUCCGACAAAAAAUGGAUUGCGACAAUUUUGUCGCCCAUUGACGCAAAAAUUAUUCGAUCCAUGGUAUGAAGGAAUAAUUGAUAAGUCUUCUUCAUCUACGACUGUUUCUAGCUCAUCAUCUCAACAGACAUCGUCAUUAUUACCUCAUGAUGAACACUUUGAUGAUGACUAAAAAAAAUUUGUGAUAAAAAAAAUCUAAUCAUAACUUCAUUUUCAUUAAUUUAUUUGGUGAUUCUU